AUGCAGGUCCUCCCCUCGCCGUCGCCGUCGCCGUCGCCCUCGUCCCCGCCCGCCCGUCCCCGCCCCGUCCUCUCCUUCACCCCGCUCACCCCCAUCGUCUCCCCGCCCUCCACGCCCCCCAACGACCUGUCCCCGCCCCGUCCGUUCUUUCCCCCCGCCGCCCUCGCCGCCCUCUCUGCCCUCCCGCCCUCGCCCUCGCUCUCCUCAUCCUCCUCCUCCACCUCCACCGCCGACGACGCCCUCUCCUCCUCGGGCUCGUCCUCCGCCGCGUCCUUCAAAUCCGUGCCCUCCUCCCGCAGCCUCGCCCCACACCACGAGCGCUCCGCCCGUCCCCCACCAGACACCCCCACCGCCCCCGCCGUCCCACCCUCGACGUCUGCGCUGUCGCAUUCCAGCACACACGCCUCCACCUCCGCCUUCCCGCCCUCCGCCUCCACCUCCACACACACCUCCACAUUCACAGCCAACUCCACCUCCUCGUCCACCGUAUCCCCGUCCGCGUCCACGUCCGCGUCCACCCCGACGCCCCUCCAGACCCCCGCAUGGAUCACAGUCCCCCCGACGCCCCCGCCAAAGUUCCUCCCCCGCUUCCCAGCCACCGCCGCCCCCGACGACAACGAACACGCAUACCCCCCAACCCGCCGCCGCACCCACCCCCACCCGCGCCCCGCCUCCCUCGCCCUCCCGCCCUACUACCCCGCGCACGCGCGCGAUCGCGACGACACCAGCACAGGCGGCACGCACGCGGCCCUCGCGCGCGCACGCACGUUCGUCGCACCCCGCCGGCGCGACUCGGACCCGGACCCGCCGGUCCACAGGCACCCACACCCACGCCCACACCCGUACCCACUCGCGCACGCGCCCCGCCCUGACCCCGACCUCGCGCCCGCCCGCCGCCGCAUGUCGCUCCCCGCGGACCCCCAGAAGCCGCUCCCUGCGCUGCCCCCGCCGUCCCCAGCCCAGGCGGGCGCCCCGCCGUCCGCAUUCAGGCUCGCGGGUACCCUCGGGGCGCCGCACGAGCCGGCGCUCGGCGGGUCGGGGCGGCGCGCGUUCGAGCAGGAGAGAGACAGGGAGAGGGAGCGCGAGAGGAGCGGUGGCGCGGGUUGGGGGGCGACUGGGGGCCGAAGGCUGUUUCAUUUUGAGGCGGACGGAGACGGGGACGGCGUGUCGGACGAGGGGGAGGCGCAGGUCGCGCCGCCUGUGGGCGGCGACGCUGGGGCACAGGUCGUGCCCGUGACCGCCAUCACUUCUACUACGACGACGACCGAGCAGGAGGCCAAGGCCAAGAUCAAGCCGAGCAGGGGCGCCGUGCGACGCUACCACGCGCUCGUCGAGCUGCUCACCACCGAAGUCGGCUACCUCGUCGACCUCCGCGCGAUGGUCACGGUCAGUCCCCCCGCCCUCCCCUCUGCUCUCCUUGUGUACCUGCACCAGCUCGCGCUGCUCGCCUCCGCCCGCCCGCUCCCGCUCCCGCUCCUGUCGCCCUCGCGCUCGUCCAGCUUCGCCCUCGCGGGGGCCCCCGCACCCGGCGCGCCGUCCAAGCCCGCGCGCGCGGCGACGGUGCCCGCGCGCCGCCGCGGGCGCAUGAAUGCGGACAAGGACGCGGCGGGGCCGCGCGCGGGCGCGGGCGAGGCGGACCAUGAGGCCCCGACGGACGACGGACACGCGCCGCACCCACCCAAAGACAAGGACAAGGACAGGCAGGAGAGGGAGGCGGAGCAAGAGCCCGCGGGCGGCGUGCAGGCCAGCGCGGCGCGACUGCUUGCGACGCACGAGGCGUUCGUGGCGCGCUUGCGGGCUGCGCUCGCGCCCGUUGGGUUCCCGGUCGUGCCGGAGCGGGUUGUGCGGCGGGAGCGCGCGGGAGUCGGUGUCGGGGCGGGUGCAGGAGUGGGCGGGGAAGGGGGGGAGAAGGGCGCGGCGGAGGGGGAGGGCGCGAUGCGCGUGUUGGAGAGGGCGAUCGUGGAGGUGACGACGACGUUCACGACCCAGGUGCGCGUGCCUCUUCUUGUGCGCCGGCGCGGAUCGCUCACCCCCCCCUCUUCGUGGCGUCGCGCGCAGGCGGCGCUGUUCAAUGUGUACGAGGACUUCUGCGCGGACCACUUUGCAACGCUCGAGCUCGUGCACGGCCUCCAGAGCCGGCACCCCGCCGAGUGGGACGCGUUCGAGCGCCGCUGCGCGCGGCUCGUGUCCGACAUGCUCCUCGCGGGCGACCCCGAACACGGGCGCGCGCAGGACCCAGAGGGGCGUGCGGACGAGGUAGAGAAGGACCCGGACGUGGAGCGGGCGAAGGACGCCGCCAAGGACAACAAGGAGAAGGACAAGGAGAAGGACAAGGCGGACGGGUGGGGGAGGAGGAGGGAGAACAGGAAGCGCGCAAAGGUGGCGCAGACGGAGGCGCGCACGGAGCGCAGGCACUCGAUGUCGUCCCUCGUCGGCAGCGCCGCGAGCCACCCGCGCGCCGUCUCGCCCGUGCGCUCGACGCUGAACCUCAAGUCCCCCGUUAGCGCAGCCGCCGCCGCCGACCGCGCGCCCGGGGACGCGAGCACGGGCAAAGACAAGGCGGGCAAGCAGCCGCACCCGCGCGAGCGCAGCGCGCCGCUCCCGCGCCUGCAGUUCAUGGACUACCUCAUCAAGCCCGCGCAGCGCAUCUGCAAGUACCCGCUCCUCCUCGACGCGCUCCUCCAGACGCCGCCCGCGCCCGCGCCCGCCCCGCGCGGCGCCCCAGGCACGCGGCGGGAUAGCGCGGCGCGGCUCGCGGGCCUCGCGGGGCCGGACGUCGUCGUCGCGAGCGCGGCGCAGGCGAUGCGGCACGUCGCGGCGCUCGUGGACCGCGCGCAGGUCGCGCACGAAAGGCACGUCGCGUCGGCGCGCAUCGCGGCGCGGCUCGUCGCGCCGCAGGGUGCCGCGGCGCCCGCGGUCCCGUUCGUGCGCGCGCUGGGCGCCGCGGCGAUGGUGGGUGCGCUGGACGUGGUGCACCACCACCGGCUGUGUGCGCUCGAGACGGGCGCGGUCAAGGCGAAGUAUCUCGGCGCGUUUUUGUACGCGGGCGGGGGCGGGGGCGGGGGCGGGUACAUCGUGCUCGCGAAGGCCGUGCGCGGGCGGUACGAGCUGCGGCACUGGUUCGCGCUGACGGCGUUUGCGGUCGUGGACCCGCACGAGGACGACUCGCUGCUCACCAACUCGAUCCGGCUGUACGGCCACGGGCACGAGUUCGAGCUCGGCGCGUCGUGCGAGGAGGAAAAGGCGAUCUGGCUUGCGGCGCUACGCGACGUCGCCGUCGCGGACACGCGCUGGCCGGACGCCGUCGAGCCCCCGUCGAGCCUCCUCGCGGACGCGGGCCACGCCGCCGAGAACGCCGCCGCCGCGCCUCCCAACGUGCCGCCCCCGGACGACGCCGGCGGCGCGCUGCCCGUCUCUGCCUUUGAAGAGGGCGACGCUCGCCGCCCGCCGCUGAGCGUGCAGACGCAGCACCUGCACCCGCACCCGCACUCGUAUCCGCAUCCGCAGCCGCUCUCGCCGAUCGACCGGCCCGUGCUGCAUAGACCGACGCGCCCGACGCUCCGCACCGACUUUCCCGCGCACUUGCACUCGCAGGCGCAGCAGCAGCAAGUACAACAGCAGCAACAGCAACAGCAACAGCAGCAACAACAGCAGCAGGGGAGCUACGGCACAUCGUCCGCAGCGCUGCCCCCGAGCCGGCGCUCCUCGACGGCAUCCGUCAAGGCGUUCUUCUCCGCGUCGCCCGACUCGGCGCUGCUCGUGCACAAGUCGAGCCCGCAGGCGCGCGCGGAGGUCGACGCGCAGCUGCAGGACGUGUUCGACCCCGCGUGCCUGCGCGUGCGCCGCGCGGCCGAGGCGCGCCGCCCCGGGAGCCUCUUCUCGAACCUCAAGGACGGCCAGCUGUUCUCGGGCGCGUCCGCCGGCGUCGGCGUCGGCGGCGCGAUGGGCAUCGCCGCGCGCAAUCGCCUCACGAAGCGCGAGAGCGUGCUCGUGCGCAGGAAGAAGAGCUGCGUCGAUCUGGGGAACGUCGACGAGGGCGGAGGCGUCAGCGGUGGCGGUGGCGGUGGUGGCGGUGGCGGCGGGGAGAUGGGCGCGCCGCUCCCCGUCCCGGCGCGCACGCGCAAGGGGAACAGGAAGGGCCUACGCCUACCGCUCGAGCCGGUGAAGAUCGUCGACGCGCCUAGCCUGGCGGCCGCGACGGCCGGCACCGGCGGCGAGGACGGGCUCCUCCCGCACAGCCCGGAGCUCAUGCUCGACUCGCCGACGCCGCUCUCGCAGUGCUCCUCCGCCACGGGCUCGCACGGCGGCUCGGGCGCGGCGAGCCCCGCCGCCGCGGACGGCGCGGCGCACAGCUGCGAGGGCGCGCUGCAAGGGCGCCCGGGGGACUCGCUCCACCUGCUCGGCGUGCCCGCCCGCGCGCCGCAGCGCUCGCGCUCGAUGAUCGACAAUGUCCGCGGGUUCUUCCAGCCCGUGCCCGCGCCGCCCCCACGCGCGGUGUCCAUAUCGCGCCUGCCCACGUCCCCCGCGCUCCCGCGCAUGCGCAUGAAUCUAGAGACCCCGGCCACGCCUGGUAUAGCGCAGAGCCAGCCGUCGACGACGCCGACUGCGAUCACGACACCGACGCCUACGCCGACACCGACCGCGCUGGACGGGCUGAAGCGCCGCUGGCGCCAGUCUCUGCGCCAUCGCGUGCAGAGCGAGCCCGGCGAUGACCUGCGCACGCCGCGCGUCACCGUCACCGCCGAGCCCAACGAGCGCGCGCGCGAAGCGAACCGGCACACCUGGCACACGGCGAGCGACGCCUUGGCGAGCGGCGGCGGGGGCGGGGGCGGAGGAGAAGGAGAGGGGUCCAGCGCGAGCACGAGCCGGAGCACGAGCAACAGCCGGAGCAACAGCACGAGCCGCCACUCCGUCUUUGAUUUCCACUCGAUCCCCGUGCGGCACCGCUCCAUGUUCUCUGCGUCGCCGACGUACGCGCGCCGGGAGCACGACGCGGGGACUGUGCGCGCUGCGUCCGCGGCGGGGGAGGAGGAGGGCCUGACUGACCUCCCGGCGUCGUACUCGAAGAAGUCAACGCUGCGGGGCCUGUUCUCGUUCGCGCGCUCGGGCUCCACGACGAACCUCGCGCAGGCGAAGGCGCCGACGUGA